AUGAUUUUGACGGACAUAUCGUCCGGCGACACUCGCCUAGUUCUGAGAGCCUACUUUUUGAUAGUCAUCAGUCUGAUCGCCUGGUUAGCUGGUGGUGUCCUGCAAUCUAGAUCCCAGCUCAGGAUCAUGCAGUAUGGCAGCAUCCGUGCCCACACAGCUAUGGGCUGGCAGCAAGGCUUUGAUCUGUUGAAAAUGGUAUACCAGCUCCGCCAGCUCCCCGGCGGAGCACUUGGAUAUAGUGCGAUGGUGAUCUUGUUCGCACUGUCCAAGAUCGCUGACUUACUGACUGCGAACCUCGUCACUCAAGUUGCAGUCAAGUCUCGGUGUUCAUUCGGGGAAGGGCUGGUUCUCAACACCACCGGACCCUAUCUGUUGACUGCACCUCCGUCAAACGGGAUGCCGUACAUCGUUGCUCACAAUUCGCAAUACUUCAGCCUUAACAACACCUGUCCCAUUGGCAUAUAUGCAAAGGUCAACCAGGAUGUCACAUUCUGUCCUGGGGUUGAAGAUAUUCUGGGCACUUGGGUCUGCUCCACAGAUGCCAUUCGCACAUAUAGUGCGGCCUAUGAUAAGGCAGAAUUAUCCGCGGACCUGAUUGAGCAGGGCUUACUCUUUCCCGACCCAACGGGCGAGUACUCUGGCUUUGGGGAAUACUACAACCAUUUCGUUACGUGGAGCAGCUCCAUAGGUCUCAACACGAACAGCUCCUCGACGGGUACCUGGGGUGUGCGUGCAGCCAUUCAAACCAACGCCUCGCCCUACGAUGAUAACGUCAUCAUGCUUCCACUUUCCUGCAGCAUGAGUGCCGAUCUCGCGGAGAAAAUCACUGGAGCAAUGAACACUACAACUGCACUUGAGUCAUGGAAGACCGUCUUCCAAGGCCUGAUGUAUUACGGAACCGGCACACCGUCCGUUUCUGACCCAGCGCUAGAGCUGGCCGUUCUCCUCAACACAAUGACAAUGGUGUACGGGGGGAAUAACAUACUUCUAUCUGUUCCAGCGCAGGAUGCGGUCCAGACACAGGGGUGCAUUGUGUUUGCUACUAACGUGCCACCAGUCAUUGAGGCGCUUGUAUUAACCGUUGCGGGGGUGUUUAUUGGAUUAAUUGUGCUGUCAAUCGUGUAUGCUUGCAGAUUACAAUUCACGCGUCGUGGAGGACGGGACGCGCUAAAGACACUGCCUGAUGGGGUGAUCGGGUGGGCCGUGAAAGCUGCGCAAGAGCAUCGUGACAAUGGUGAUCCGGAUCCAGGACAACAUGCCAGAGUUCGACGCCGGGAGAUUAAGAAUUGGCUGAUUGGUUAUGAAGGCGGGGAAUCAAGACUCCGGUUGUUUCAACCUUGUUGA